UAUCAGAACAUGGAAUCAAGGAACCUCCCUCUUUAGAAAAUGAAGAAAAAAAAGAAAUGAAGUCCUUAAUAUGGCCAAGAUUGUCCAUUUUCUAUGUAGCACAGGUUCAGCGAGCCUUGAUGGGCUCACAACAUCCUAGCCGAUACUUUAGUUGCGGUACUUAUCCUUUAUUAAAAAAAAUGGUGAUACAAUUUACUGCUAUAAAUGAUAACAAUAAACUCGCAGAAGUUGAAAAACCUAAAGAUCCAUUUGAUGCUCCAUUACGAGAAUGCGAGACACUCUAUAAUUUAGCUUUACGAAGCGAUCUUCAAAAAGCAAGACAACUAUAUCAUAAACUCUUAAAGCACGACUUAAUGCAGGAUUCCUUGUUUCAGGAAUCAGACAACAGAACAUUAUUAUCACAAAGAAUCACUAGAUUAAAAUUUUGUGCAUUAAAAAAUUAUGCUGAAAAUUUAGAUCAUGAAUAUCUUCAUAAUAAAUCAAAAAUUUCUGCUCAAGACGCAAUUGAAUAUUUUCAAAAGGCAUUGGAGAUUGAUUCAACUGAUCAGAGUAUAUGGCUCAAGAUUGGAAAUCUUGCUAUUUCUGAUGAAGUCAACGAUCUCCCAUUAGCAGAAAAUGCAUUUAUAAAUGCACUUGAAGAUUUAAAUAUUUUUGAUAAUUCAAUAGACAAGCCAUUGAAAUAUACAUUUCUUUCUCCAAAUCGUAAGGAAGCUUUAGAAAAUCUAUCUAAGCUAUUAUAUGAUACAGGAUCUUUUGAAAGAUGCCUAAAUAUAGUUGAUAAAGGCAUAACUCUUGAUCCUGAAAAUGGAUUUCUAAACCAAUUAAGAUACCAACUUUUAAAUGAUACCUGGGUUAAACUUAUUUUACCACAAAAUUAUUAUGAAAUUGCUCCUCCGAUAAAAAAACCUAUAAAUUUCAAAUAUAUACAAAGACAUAUUAGAACGAUGAGUUACAUUAGUCAUACUCCGAUGAAUUCAUUGUGUUUUGUUUUAAACACUUAUACAUGGAAUGAUCUUGGAGAACUUUUAAUAAGAAUUUGCGAUAAAAUAGCUACAGAGAAAUGUCAUAAAAGUGAUGAUUCCAAUUUUCCUGCUUCGAGUCCUCAUAUCUAUAUAGAUUUAAAAAAUUAUCAAGAAAAAACUUUUAUAGACAAUGAUAUUAAUGGUGCUUGUCAAAAACGCAAAAGAAAGGAUACAACAACAAAUACUGAUUAUACCUGUGGAAAAUCAAAGGUUGCAAGGUAUGGACUUAACAGAAGAGCUCGUACUAAACAAAAUGAACAAAUCGAUUCGUUUAAUCGUAAACGAGAUGAAGAAACAGAAGAAUUUACAAACAAAAUAGAGUCAAUUAUUAAGAAAAUUAAUCCUGAAUAUUCUAUUAGAAAUAAACAUCCAUCCGAAGAAGUUGAUAAAUUCUUAUUAUUCUUCGACAAGCUAUGGAUGAACCACGUAUCCAUCGAAGAUCAUGAAGCGAUAAUUAAAGAGGCUAAAAAUAACCCAAGAUCAAAAUUAUCUUCUGACUCUAGUUUGUACAUGUUUAUUCCUCAUACAAACCCACCUCCCCCUGAUCCAUAUUUUGAUGAAACUCAAGUUGGAGAAAUGGUAAAACAAUUUGUCGAAAAAAUGAAUGAGAAAAAUGUGGGGAUAAUAGAUUAUUUGUGUUCCUAUCUUAUGUACCUAUUUGGAAAGUUUGUAGAUUCAGAAGAUUCAGAUCAAGAAAUAAAAAAGAAAACUCUCUGGCUGUGUCGUUGGCCAGAAGGGUUAAAAGACAUUGUAAGAGAUAUUAUUAACAGGAUAUAUGAACAGUUUAUAGAUAUGUUAUCAAAUACCUGUUCUGCAUGGAAUGGUGACGAUGGAAAUGCAGCAAUAAUGAUGGAUGAAAGUGAAACAUCCCCUUUCCAAAAAAGGAAGCAACUUUCAGAGAUUUUAUUGGCUUUUUUUGAAUUUGCUAUUGAUUCUCACAUAUCUAGAUCAGGAGAAUAUAUAAACGAAGAUGAUAAUCAAGCUACUUCUAACGUUUCUUUAAAAACAUCUUUAGAAUGGCAAUUAGUAAUAGAAGAUUGUGAAUGGUCCCUCAUUUCUUCAAACUGGAAUUUCUCCAGUUAUGUACUUGAUUUAGAAGCAAAGUUAGAAAAAUCUAUUGGCGAUGUUGGAAAACUACAAUGUCAUUACAAAAAAUGGAAGGAAUGGUCACAUCAAUUACUUACAAGAUAUUGGUGGUGCAAAGGCAAAAUGUCUUUAUUUUUAAAAAAUCCAGAAAGGGCAAUGUCUUCUUUUAAAGAACUUACUUUGCUUACCGAAAUUAAUGACAUUUUAUUGACAAAUAGUUCAUUUGAUCCAUAUAUAAAUAACACAACCAUAAAUAAUAAAAUUGACUUGUUAGAAUCUCAAAAAGAUUUACCACAAGACAAUUGGUCACGUACAAUAUUACACUUUAUAGACUCAGUAAACUUUUUGUUGAAUUGUGUUUCGGAUAAUAUUGAUGAAGAUUUGAUUAAUGAAGCACUUUCGAAAGUUACUAAUGCCAUAAAGGAUGGCCAAUCUAUAGAACUUUCUACUGCUGAAUAUGAUAUUAGUGAACCACUUAAUGUCCUUUGUAUUCGUGUUUGGAUAUUAUUUUAUUAUAUAUUACGUGGAGCUCCUUCAUAUGUGGAGAAUGAUGAUUUUGCUGAAUUUCUUGCAACUGUUCAUGAUCAAUUAGGCGCUCGAAGGAUUUGUUGUUCAGAUAACGGUUCAUUUUUAAAAUUUUGCCUCAACACAUUUGCUGAAUUGGAUGCAUCCGAAAACCUUCAACAUGAAUACCAAUGCUGUCACUGUUUAUAUGGGGUUUCAUUAACUAUUGAUGCAGAAUUGCCAUGGGAUCAUGACGUGCCAGCAAUUGAAUUGGAUUUUGAAACUGCAAAAUUAAUUUAUAAAAGAGUAAGAAAUUUUAUAAGUGAAAAAUCAUCAAAAACCUGGGUGUUCAAAAACGAUAUCAAAGAGUUUUUAGACGCUAUGGCUUCUAUAGUGGAACCACCAACAGAUGAAAAAUUAAAAAAAUGUAGCUAUAGAACACAACAUUACUUAGAAGAUGAAAUCUGUUUUUAUGAAGCUGUUCAGUAUCAAGAGCAUGAUCAUUAUAUUAAUGAUCUUGCUGCAAUUUCUUGUGAUGAGGAGAAUGAUAUUUCAGAUCUUUAUUAUUUUCGUGGCAAAAUCUUACACCAUCAAUUCAAAAGUCGUUCAUCAAAAUCAAAUCAAUAUAAAGCGAUUGAAUUAUUGGAAAAGGCAAUAGAACAAUUCACAUUAGAUUAUUACAUCUGCCCAUUAAGAUAUUCAACUUGGUAUGCCCUCGGCUCCUGUUAUGCUAGUUUGGCUGAUGAAUCUUUAACGUGGAAUGCUAUUGAAAUUGUUAAUAGUCAUGCAAAAAUUACAGAAUUUCAAAAGAAAUCUUUUCUUUGUUUUGUAAGAUCUGCUAAAAUUUUAACUUGGUUUCCGAAUCAUCAUGCACCUACUUCACCAACCGAAGAAAUUAAUUUCUGGCGAGAAUUUGGAUAUCUUGUUUAUUCAAUGACAACUGAACCUAUGUCAAUGGAAGCCUUCAAAUUGAAUCCGGAUCAUUCUGACAUCUGGCGUAAACCUAAUCCCAAUGAUUUAUAUGCAUUUGCAGCACAUUGUUUUGGUAGAGCAUUAGAAUCGGAAAAACUACUGUUUAAAAAGUUAAAGGUAAAUGAAAGCAACGGCAAUUCAAUAAUAUAUGAAGAAGAUUGGAGAUUGCCAUACAUGCUUGGAAAGUGUUAUCAAAAGCUAGGAAAACCAGCAGAGUCGGUACUAUGUUUAUAUAAAUUAGCAGUUGAUAGAACUCCGGAAAAAUCAGGAAUAAUUGGACAAGAAAGACUAGUAGAUACGGAAUAUAAGUUAACAUCUACAUUGGCAAAAUUUAUGAUAACCAGUAAAAUUAAGCCAUAUUUUGUAGAGGAAAUGCUGUCAGAUAAUUCAGGCGCACCAUUACAUUUAAAGCCAUCAGAUAAAGAUCCUGGUAGUUUUAAUAUGGAAAGGCCAGAAUAUCAAUAUGCAUACAAUUUAAUUUCUUCAAGAAUAGCUGAUAUUCGUAAAAUGGACAAAAAUAAAUGGCAACAUCGACCUGUAUUUAGGCAUGCAUGGUUAACUUAUCAUGUUGAGCGGAAAUCAGAAGAAGCCAAAUUGAUAUUACAAAAUCUUUUCCAGUUGAAAGUCACGUCUAAAGCAAUGAUGAAUGUAUGGAAACCAGAAUUUGAAAGAUCAGGAAGACAUUUUGUAUAUGUUCAUCAGUACAUUCGAUUUCUUAUCGAAUUGGCAAGGAUUACUCUUGAUGUUGAAUGUUUAGAGACAAUAUCAAAAAAAUUGGCUAAAGCUUCAAAUAUAGUUUUAAAAGAAGAUAUAAUAAAGGUUGAGUUGGAAAAUGCGUUCAAAUACGUUGAAAGAGAGCAUCAAAAGGCUGUGUUGGAUGGCAUGCAACAACAAAACUCUGAUAAUGAAUUAAAUGAACAAUCGAAUAUGAUGUCGGUAUCAGCAUUAAUAUCACAAGAAAAUGAUGACUCACCAAUAAACAUUGGUUUUGGCGAUGAAUCAGGUGUCAAUGUAUUGCCACAUGAAUCAUCAAACACAUCAGCGUUAUCAUUAUUGCACUGA